AUGGCCCGGGAGUGUCCCAAUAAAAAAGACGGGGAUAGCGGCGAUACAAGCUGGAAGAAGGGCAAGAACGCCGUCAAGCGGUUCAAGGCGCGGGAAUGCAAAGCGAAUAUGCAAGCCAAGCGAAUGAAAAAACCCCCACCGCCCAGCAUGGAGGAUGAUGGACGUUGGGUGCGGCUGAACAGUGUGCUGGAAGUUCCAUACUGCCCGGACACCGGCGCAGACCAAAACAUUAUCCCACAAGCCAUCGUGGAUGAACUUCAAGCGUUACAGCCACAACUUCAAGUUCUCAAAUUGGCUGCGCCAUUUGUGGGAACAGCAUGCAAUCAGAUGCCAUUCGAAGCGAGCUCCUACGUGGACCUUACGCUAAGAAUUCAGACGGCCGCUGGACCAGUCAAGGUGCCAGGCAAGCGCCGCUGUUAUGUGGUCAACGACGGAGAUGAAUUCCUCGUCUCGAACCACACCCUCAAGACCAUUGGUAUCGACAUCGACCGCCUGCUGGAACAGGUGGCGCGCCUGCAAGUGGAUGAGGACGGCGAUGACCUGGAAGAAGUUGGUGGCGAUUGCGAGGAAUUGCCCCAACGAUCGGCCGUCAGAACCGCGACCAUGAAGGCGGCGCUACCUGUAGCCAAGAAUGAAGUCGAGGGAGCCCUACACGGCAUGAUUGACGGCGCAGUCGAUAACGGAUUUCCAAUGGAACAUGUUAAGUACUUGUGGGAUGUGCUCAGCAAGCAUGACAUCUGGCGAAUCAAGUUCGACGGGUCAGACCCACCGGCGAAGGUGAAGCCGUUGAAGGUGACCCCGAAGGAUGGGAAGCACAACCUCCUGGAGGAGAGGUUCCUCAAGUUGUUUGCACAAGAACUACUCGAUGCGGGCGUGAUCAAGAGCAACCAGCAAAGUGAAUGGUGCAGCCCGGUGAACCCAGUUCUCAAACCAGAUGGGAGCAAGUCAUUGAAGUCAGCCGACAAAUGGAGCGACGAUGACGUGCUCAAGAACUAUCGGCUAACCAACGACUACCGAGUAGUCAACUCGCUAACCGAGCUGAAAGCAGGGACGAUGCCGUUCCAGGCUACCAUCCUCCAAAAUCUACGAGGCAAGAAAGCGAUGGGCGUGUUUGACCUGCCCAAGUGCUUUUGGCAGUUCCCACUGCACCCGGAUAGCUGGGACAUGUUGUCGUUCAUGCUGAACGGAUGUGUGUACACCCCGGAUCGAGUGAUGCAAGGCCAUGUGGACAGUGCCCUCUACGUGCAAUCAACGAACGAGGAGUGCUACAAAGACCUGCUCUACAAGAACAUGCUGAUAUGGAUCGACGACAUCUUUGUGUACGCCGACACAGUAGAAGAGUAUGUGGAUGCCCUCGAGUCGUACUUCGAUCGAGUGGCCCAGUACGGGUUCGAGCUGAGUCCGUCCAAGACCAAGCUGUUCACGGACCAAGUCAAGUGGUGCGGACGCAUCAUCAGUGGUGAUAGCGUCAAGCAAGACCCUGAACGCAUAGAACAUCUGUGCAAGGGCAAGAAGAAGCGGAUCGCGUCUGGUGUUCAGUUGGAACUGACCGACGGCGAGAAGCUAGCGUUUGACGCCGUGAAGUCCAAGCUACGAUCAUCGGUGGAACUGUCUCACCCGCGUGAUGACGCCACGAUGUGUUUUUUUACGGAUGCGAGCGAUCAUGGAUGGUCGAUUGUGAAGGCGUGGUCAGUCAUCGAAAAGGAGGCCUACCCUAUUGCGCGUGCGUGCGAGAAGCUCAAUUACAUGCUUAUGCGACCCACGGGGUUCAAGAUGUACUGUGAUCACAAUAACCUCAUCCAUGUCUUUGCCCCGGGCGAAGAAUGGAAGGCGCACACACGCGGCAAACUCAUGCGAUGGGCUGCCAUUAUUGGCGGCUAUCGUUAUGAAAUCAUACACAUCGACGGCAUCCACAACCUUUGGGCGGAUAUGAUGAGCCGUUGGGGUCAGCCGACACCAAGUCUGGCGACAAAGCGGGUCAAAAUACGUCGGGGCCAUGGCUGGUCAAAGAAAGUAAAAACGAAAGUCCCUCCACCGGAACAACCAAAACUGCGACCGCUGGACAAGGACUUUGUGUGGCCAUGUGUGGUGGACAUCUGUCACGCCCAAGACCAGCAUGGCAACGACAAACCGAAGCGAGCUACCGUGGUGGACGGACUGUGCCAAGUGGACGAGCGGCUAUGGAUACCGAGUGCGGCGAAUGACCUGAUCCAACGGAUCAUGAAGGCGUGGUCAGUCAUCGAAAAGGAGGCCUACCCUAUUGCGCGUGCGUGCGAGAAGCUCAAUUACAUGCUUAUGCGACCCACGGGGUUCAAGAUGUACUGUGAUCACAAUAACCUCAUCCAUGUCUUUGCCCCGGGCGAAGAAUGGAAGGCGCACACACGCGGCAAACUCAUGCGAUGGGCUGCCAUUAUUGGCGGCUAUCGUUAUGAAAUCAUACACAUCGACGGCAUCCACAACCUUUGGGCGGAUAUGAUGAGCCGUUGGGGUCAGCCGACACCAAGUCUGGCGACAAAGCGGGUCAAAAUACGUCGGGGCCAUGGCUGGUCAAAGAAAGUAAAAACGAAAGUCCCUCCACCGGAACAACCAAAACUGCGACCGCUGGACAAGGACUUUGUGUGGCCAUGUGUGGUGGACAUCUGUCACGCCCAAGACCAGCAUGGCAACGACAAACCGAAGCGAGCUACCGUGGUGGACGGACUGUGCCAAGUGGACGAGCGGCUAUGGAUACCGAGUGCGGCGAAUGACCUGAUCCAACGGAUCAUGGUCGCUGCCCACUGCGGCAGCGCCGGGCACCGUGGACAUGCAGCGCUGGUGGCUACUAUCCGCCGCCAGUUCUAUGUCGACCACUUGGCCGACAGGGCCAGUGAAUUCCUCCGUGGCUGCUUGUUGUGCCCUCGUGUAAAAGGGGGAAGGGUGGUCCAUCAACCGUAUGCUCCGAGACGGCACGCGAAAGAACGCAACGAAGGAAUCCACUUCGACUACCUCUACAUGGGCGAAGCGUUCAGCGGCGCUAAGUAUGUGCUGGUACUCAAAGACGACCUUACCCACUACUGCGAACUCAUUGCAUGCGAUGGCCCCACGAGCCAAGUAUGUGUGGAUGCCCUGGUGGACUGGACUAAGCGGUUCGGAAUGCCACGAGUAUGGGUCAGCGACCAAGGAACCCAUUUCAAAAACGUGGCCAUGAAGGCGUUAGCCCACAAGUUCAAGGUUCAUCAUGACCUAACCUUGGCCUACUGCCCCUGGCGCAAUGGAACGGUGGAGCGAAUGAACCGCGACAUCCUUCAAGUGAUGCGGGUCAUGCUGCGAGAGUACCAGCUAGCCGAACAGGAAUGGGGCUACCUAUUGCCGGUGGUGCAAGCCAACCUCAACCAAACACCGGCAGCAUCACUGGCGAGCAAGUCGCCGAUGGAGCUGUUGACGGCUUUGAACCCGGCGACUCCCCUAGAUGUCGUUGUGGUGGGCAUGAACAAGGAACUCCGAGAGAGCGACUGGACGGUCAAGGACAUCCCCAAAAACCUGGACAUGCUGCGUGCUAGCCUGCAAGUCAUGCACAAAGAAGUCCUAGACAAGAAUGCGAUGCGCGCGGCGAAAGCGACGAAAGCGACCGAGAAAUACGAACAGUGCAAUGUCAGCGAAGGCGACUAUGUGCUCUGGUCCCGCUUGCUCGUAACCUGGACGGGCCCCUACCGAGUCAAGGAAGUGGGCGAGUUCUCCGUCGUUUUAGAGCACUUGGUGACCCACGAACUGCGGGAAGCGCACGCAUCAAGAGUCAAGCUCUACGCCGAAGACAGCUUUGAAGUGACCGAAGAAAUCCUCGAACACAUUUCCGAGCAAGGGAUCAUGCUGAAGGUCAAAUCCAUCGCGGGACACAAGUUUGUCCCGGAUGUGAAAGUCUUCAUGCUGGAAGUGCUUUGGGAAGGUUUUGAGGAUAUCGAGUCUUCAUGGGAACCGCUGCAGAAGCUCAUACAUGAAUGCCCGGCCGUGGUGAAGAACUAUGUUGAAGGCGUGAAGACAGCGAGCGAAGGCGAUGCAUUGCGCAAGGCGAUGAAGCGAGCGAAGGCGAAGAAUUAG